UUCAAAAGGGUUGGACUAUGUGAACUAAAGAAUACUAAUGGUAUUUAUACAGUUGGGAUUCGUCUUCAUGCCUCAGUCUUUUUUUAAAAACAUUUUGUUAGGACCACAACUUUUCUGGUGGGGAGAGAAGAGGAAGCGACACAUUUAAAGGUUUAUUUUAUUUUUAUUUAUUUAUUUUUUUUAAAACAUUUUACCAGUUAUUGAUUUAAUUAGUACAUUGGUUUAAAACAAAAAAUAAUUGUCUGAAGCAAACAUUAUUAAAAAGCCUUUUUUCUAAUUGCUGCUAAAAGAUAAAAGGUAUAAAUUAUGACGAAUCCAAGGAAGAUACUUAUCAAAGGGGGGAAAGUUGUCAACGAACACUGUUCCGUGAUUUCCGAUGUCUACAUUGAAGAUGGAUUAAUUCAUGAGGUUGGAUUAAACCUGAAAGUACCGGAAGAAGUUACAGUAAUCGAUGCCACUAAUAAACUGGUCAUACCCGGAGGAAUCGAUACCCACACCCACAUGGAGCUAUCCUUCAUGGGUAGCCAGGCAGUGGACGACUUCCACAUUGGGACUAAGGCUGCCUUGGCUGGUGGUACGACGAUGAUCCUGGACUUUGUCAUACCUCAGAAAGGCACUUCUCUCCUGGAGGCCUACGACAAAUGGAGGAGCAAAGCAGAUGGCAAAGUGUGCUGUGAUUACUCUUUCCAUGUCGCUGUCACCUGGUGGAGUGACACGGUCAAGCAGGAGAUGGAGACACUGGUCAGAGAGAAAGGUGUGAACUCCUUCAAGAUGUUCAUGGCAUACAAAGAUGUCUUUAUGCUCCAAGAUCAUGAGCUGUAUGCUGCCUUCUCUCAGUGUAAAGAGAUUGGUGCCAUAGCUCAAGUGCAUGCAGAGAAUGGGGAUAUCAUAGCAGAGGAGGCCAAACGGAUGCUGUCCCUGGGCAUCACGGGGCCUGAAGGGCAUGAGCUCUGCCGCCCAGAGGAGGUGGAGGCCGAGGCCACCCAGCGCGCCAUCACCAUUGCCCACUCGGUCAACUGCCCGCUCUACGUGGUCCACGUCAUGAGCAAAUCGGCCGCCAAGGUGAUCGCCGCUGCACGUAGGAAUGGACGAGUGGUGAUUGGUGAGCCAAUCGCGGCUGGGCUGGGCACAGAUGGCACUCACUACUGGCACCAUGACUGGGCCCAUGCUGCGGGUUUUGUAAUGGGCCCCCCAUUGCGACCGGACCCCAGCACCCCGGGGUACCUAAUGGACCUGCUGGCCAACGAUGACCUCAGUGUGACGGGCACUGAUAACUGCACCUUCUCAGUCUGCCAGAAAGCUCUGGGGAAAGACGACUUCACCAAAAUCCCCAACGGAGUCAACGGGGUGGAGGACAGAAUGUCUGUCAUAUGGGAGAAGGGUGUGCACAGCGGGAAAAUGGAUGAAAAUCGAUUUGUUGCCGUUACCAGCAGCAAUGCAGCGAAAAUCUUUAACCUUUAUCCCCGUAAAGGGUGGAUUGGGAAGGGAUCGGAUGCUGACCUGGUCGUGUGGGACCCUAGGGCCACCAGGACGAUUUCUGCAAAAACCCACCACCAGGCUGUCGACUACAACAUUUUUGAGGGCAUGGUGUGUCAUGGUGUUCCCGUGGUGACCAUCUCCAGGGGGAAAGUGGUGUAUCAGGACGGGGUCCUAAAGGCCACCCCUGGAGAGGGCCGGUUCAUUGCCCGUCCGCCCUUCUCAGAGUUUGUGUACAACCGACUGAAGCAGAGGGAUGAGGUAGGGAAGCCCACUGCAGUGAAGAGAGAGCCCUAUAAAGGUGAAGUCAGUCUGUUUCCAUCGCAGAGCAGACAAUGAAGAAUUUAGCUUGAGACCAGCAUUAUUCUACCUUCAUCUCAGGGGAUGAUGAUGGGACUUCCAGUCCACCAGACCUUCAAAACCUUGGUGGUCAACACAGGACUCCAUGAUCUUCAGAAUCACCUUCUUACAAGAGUACUAGGUACUCCAAUAGAAUCAAUGGAUAUUUCUAGAAAGUCUAAAUACCUAGGACACAAAUUGGAAACAAUUGGAAUCUUUUUUUAAUGAAUGAUGUCAGAGAGAGAGGGGGGGUAUUCAAAAGGUUUUAAUCCGCUAUUCUAGUUCACUCUGCAUUGAAAUGGAAUACAUAAAUGUUGUAUACAAUAUUCUAACCAUUAAGAUUCAUGUUCUAAUAAACCCUCGAUCUACCAGUG